AUGAGAUCUAAAGUAAUAUUCAUUCUCUUGAUGCUGUUAAUUACAGAUUACGUUACUAACAGUGAUGGCGCUUUCUCUAAACAGAAGAUUUUGGAAGUUGAGAGAAAACUACACCAUCUUAGAAAACACUCAUUAAAAACCAUUGAGAGUGAAGACGGAGAUAUUAUUGAUUGCGUCGACAUUAAAAAGCAACCUGCGUUUGAUCAUCCUGCUUUGAAAGAUCACAAAAUUCAGAUGGCUCCUAGUUACAACUCAGCUAAGAAGGAUCCCAUAGAAAGGACUAGAAGUAAAACAAAGAAUACCAUGAAGAAGCAAAAGGAUGAAGAACCGUAUGUGACAGUAGCAUCCCAAAUAUGGCAGAAAAAUGGAAGUUGUCCAAAGGGAACGGUACCUGUUCGAAGAAUACUAAAGAGAGAGCUUCUUAAGGCUCGCACAAUCGAUGAAUACGGAAGGAAGAAACCCAGUUUUUUAAACAGACAAGUAAAUCAUCGGCUGAAUAAUAAUCUGGAUUCCUUUGUACAGCAACAAAAUCACUCUAAGGCAAUACUAUUCGCAGAUGGAUUUCGCUACGUGGGAGGUAAAGGAGACAUUAGAGUUUUUGGUCCUUCGGUUGAAAAGGAUGAUGAAUACAGCACUGCUCAGGUUUCUCUUUUGAGUGGAGGAUCUUACAAUUACUAUGAGUGCAUUGAAUCCGGUUGGGCGGUCAAUCCUAGUGUAUAUGGAGAUAGGAAGACUCGAUUAUUCGCAUAUUGGACGGCCGAUGGUUCGCACGAAACAGGUUGCUUUGAUCUGACCUGUCCUGGAUUUAUUCAAACCAGCAAUGAAAUUGCCUUAGGUGCUGCAAUUUAUCCAAUACCAGUUCCUGGUGGUCUUCCAUACCAAAUAACUAUUUACAUCUAUAAGGACCCAAUUACUAAUAAUUGGUGGGUGCAAUAUGGUGAAAAGACCAACAUAGGUUAUUGGCCACCAGAAAUAUUCAGAGCAAUUUGCUACCAUGCUGAAUCAGUGGAAUGGGGUGGUGAAGUUUACAGUACAACUGUUGGACAUACUCCUCAUACCAAAACACAAAUGGGUAACGGACAAUUUCCUAGAGGCCACUAUUCAGCUUCCAUAUUAAGGAUGAGAGUUCACGAUAAUUAUCCGAUCCUGAAGAUUCCAGAAUGGGUUCAAUAUUACUCAGAUGAAUAUAAUUGUUAUGAUGUUUACUAUCAAUCAGAUUAUCUUGAAGAUCCUGAGUUUAGUUAUGGAGGACCCGGUAGUAAUCCAAUGUGCCCUUAA